AUGCCGCUUCCGCCGUCUUUUCCGACCUUCCGAGCACGACAUCGCUCUGCCAAGCGCUCUACAUGGACGAGAGAUGCAAUCUUCCUGCUGGCGGGUGGGGCAGCCGCCUCAGUCGGCUAUGUGUUUGGUGUCAAUGAUGCCGGCAGCCAUUCGAGUGAGCUGUUAGAGAGGAAGCCAAAAGCUCCUACGUACGCCACCAAGGCACAGCUCGAGCAGGCAAUACAGAUAGUUCGCAAUUCUCUUGGUGACGAUGCGAUCAGCACAGAUGAUGAGGAUCUUCGAGCCCACGGCUACUCAGAGUGGUCGUCUAUCAAUAUCGACCAGUUGCCUGUGGCGGUCGUCUAUCCCAAAAGUACCGAAGAAGUCUCUCAGAUCGUUAAAAUUGCGUCUCGGUUCAAGAUACCGAUGAUUCCUUACUCUGGGGGCUCGUCACUCGAGGCCAACUUUGCCGCACCCUAUGGAGGCUUCAGCAUUGACUUUGCAUUUAUGGAUCAGAUCAUUGCCCUUCACGAUGAAGACAUGGAUGUGGUAGUGCAACCUUCAAUACAGUGGAUGGAAUUGAAUGAGAAAAUUGCCGCCAAGGGCCUCUGGUUUCCUGUUGACCCAGGCCCAUCGGCUAAAAUUGGAGGCAUGAUCGGGACAUCCUGUAGUGGCACCAACGCUUUUCGCUGGGGCACCAUGAGGGACUGGGUUCUCAAUCUAACAGUCGUUCUUCCUGACGGCCGCAUCAUUAAAACAAGACAACGUCCUCGCAAGUCGUCCGCGGGUUACAACUUGAAUCACCUGUUUGUUGGGGCUGAAGGGACCUUGGGGAUCAUCACCGAAGCAACUCUCAAACUCGCCGUGAUCCCUCAAGAAACGAAGGUCGGAGUUGUCACAUUCCCCACCAUUCGUCACGCAGCAGCUGCGGCAAUGCAGAUUAUUCGCUCUGGAAUACCCGUUGCUGCCAUGGAAAUCAUGGAUGACGUUCAAAUGUCGGUCAUCAACCGAGCAGGUGGCACCAAUCGGACGUGGAAAGAGGUACCAACCAUCUUUUUCAAAUUCUCGGGAACGAAAGCUGGUGUCCAAGACAAUAUCAAGCUCACCACCGGCAUUGCAAAGGCAAAUCAAGCCGCCGAUUUCAUCUAUGCUCGGAACGACCAAGAGGCACAUGAUCUCUGGAAAGCAAGGAAGGAGGCGCUGUGGAGCAUGAUAUCUUUACGACGAGAAGGAGAUGAGGUGUGGUCCACGGAUGUUGCGGUACCGAUCUCGCGAUUGCCCGAUAUCGUUGAAAUAUCAAAGAAAGAGAUCGACGAUCUCGGCCUAUUUGCCAGUGUUCUUGGCCAUAUUGGAGACGGAAAUUUCCACACAUCCAUCCUCUACAAUCGCCAAAACCCUGAAGAGCGCGAAAAGGUCGAGCAUGCUGUACAUAAUAUGGUGGAUCGGGCAAUAGAAAUGGAAGGUACAUGUACAGGAGAACACGGCAUUGGGCUAGGAAAGAAAGAAAGCUUAAUCGACGAACUCGGAUUAGACACCAUCGGUGUGAUGCAGAAGAUCAAGCGUGCGCUCGACCCGCACUGGCUGAUGAACCCAGGUAAGAUAUUCGAUGCGGUGAACGAAGAAAGGGCCAAAAGUCAGUCGAUGGCAACAGCCGCCUCGACAUUAGCGCGACCAAAGAGCAAGUAG